AUGGAUGUCAAUCCACCACUAUUUGAGACGGGCGACGUGAUCGUGUUGCAUAUUUGCAUCCAGUGGUCAGACCAGAAGCGUCUGGCCGAGAGCGAACCCUGGCACCUUUCUGGUCUGUCUGUCUUCACAAGUGCCGAUGGCUCCAGAAAUAAUUCUAUCUCUUUCGACUUGGUUGACAAUAACGUUGACCUGCAGGCAGGCACGACCUGCUCGCGCUCUGUGCUGGGUCCUGUUGAAGACGCGGACAACUUCUAUCCGUGUGACAACAGCAGCUUCAACUUCAGAUGGGACGGUACAACGUUGCGCAUCCAGAGGUUCUACACUGAUACUGCUGUCGGACCAUGUCCUCUGUACUGUUCUGUCACAGUCUAUGGCAAUGGAACACCCAGUCUCGCUCUCGACUACCAUUCAGGAGCCGGCACGGGCACCUAUCAAGAUUCUCUCGAUAUCUUCGUAACCGAGAUGGUCGCCUGA